AUGGCGGACAUUGAGACGCUCAAACAACAAAGGGCUCGAUUGAUAAAAUCUAUCGCGCUUAUUCAGAAUUUUAUUAAUAACUUUCGAGAAGGAGAUAGCAAACAUGGCUUAAUCCUCCGAAAAAAGAAACUAGUUGAGAUUCUUCAAAGUUUAGAAGAAAAUCAAACUGAAUUAGAUGUUAGAUGUCCAGGAACUUACUCAAAAGAAUAUGAGGAGUUAUUUGAUUUACAUUUUGAAUUGUCAGCUCAAAUUGAAGAUAUUUUAGAAACUAACAUUAACGAAAAUAAACCAAAUAUAGAUUUAAAACAUAGGCAAAUUAACAUCAAACUUCCAGACAUAAAUUUACCAAAGUUCAAUGGAAAUUAUUCGGAAUGGAAUGCAUUCAUAGAUAUUUACAAUUCACUUAUACACAACAACGAGCAUUUGUCAGACGUUCAAAAACUUCAUUAUUUAAAAGGGACACUACAAUCACCAGCAUCUGACUUAAUAACAAAUCUUUCUAUGACCAAUGAAAAUUACAACACGGCAUAUAAUUUACUGCAAGAUAGAUACAACAAUAAAUACUUAAUAAUUACAUCACAUCUACAAUCUCUAAAUGACAUAAAACCUAUACUACGAGGUUCACAUGAAAAUCUACAAUCAUUUUUGAACCAAGCGAGGCAGCAGACGCAGUCACUAGUAACAAUUCACGAAGAUGCAGUUUAUUGGGACAUAAUUUUAGUUUUUCAGCUCACAAAUAAAUUAGAUCACCAUACUCGUUUAGCUUGGAGUCUAUCACAACAAGAAGGAGAGCUGCCAACGUUAAACAAAUUUUAUAAAUUUCUUGAAACCAGGUCGUGUGCGUUGGAAACUGCAACCAAGACUGGUAAGAUAGAACAUUCCGGAGCAAAAAUAAAAUCUGUAAAUAUAGUGUCUCAAGAUAAUCAGCACAAACCAUGUAUAUAUUGUAAAUUGAAAGGACAUCGUGUAUAUAAUUGCUUUAAAUUUAAGAAACUACCAAUAACACAAAGACAGGAAAUUUUAAGACUUAAUCUCCAUUGCGAGAAAUGUUUAGAACCUGCUCAUUCACCAGAUGUAUGUAAAUUCAGUCAGAAUUGCAAAAUAUGCCAGAAGAAACACCACACAAUGAUGCAUGUAUAUAAUGAUAAUAAAGAUUCCACCUCAGAGGAAAAAGUGAGAAGCAGUGAAACUACGCAAAAGGUACUAUUUUCACAAGAGUCCAAUUCCAUAAGCGUUUUGUUAGCCACUGCAAUCAUCAACAUUGAAAACACUCGAGGGGAGCUUUGUGAAGCAAGAGCACUAUUGGAUAGUGGCUCACAGACCAACCUGGUCACAAAAGAUUUAGCAGAAAGACUGCAGCUCCCACAAUUUAAUUCCCGAAACACUCUGAGUGUACUACAGGGCAAGUCAUUAGGAGUAUCUAAAUCAACUAAAAUCAAGAUAAAUUCAAUUAAUAGUUCGUAUAGCAGAUCAAUAAACUGUAUUGUAAUAGAUAAAAUUACAACAAAUUUACCUGCACAAAAAGUUGAUGCCAGUGACUGGAAGAUUCCAAAUAACAUAAAAUUAGCAGAUCCUUCAUUUUCAAAUCCUGGGCCAGUUGACGUACUAAUAGGAGCAGAAUUAUUCUUUGAAAUCAUACAGCAAGGUAGUAUAAAACUAGGCUAUAAACUUCCCAUGUUGAAAAACAGCAAGCUUGGAUGGAUGCUUUCAGGACCAUAUAAGGAGCCAUCGAUGCAACCGAGUUAUGUAGGAUUCAUUUCCAAUGAUCAAUUAAAUUGCGAAAUAACAAAGUUUUGGCAAAUCGAAGAAAUAGACAGCAGUCCUCCAAUGCAGGGUUCGGACAAAAUCUGUGAAGACCACUUUUUAAAGACAGUUCACCGACAUGAAAAUGGAAGAUAUGAGGUGAGUCUACCAUUUAUUGAAAAUAGAAAGUCAGAACUUGGAGAAUCAUUCCAUCUAGCCAAGUCACGCCUGUUAAACCUGGAAAGACGCUUUAAAUCAGAUAAAAACCUUUUGAAUAAAUAUGCAGAGUUUAUGGAAGAGUAUAUUCGGUUAGGCCAUGCGCAAGAAACCACAGUGAUACAACAUUCAACUCAAGAAAAUCCAGUUUAUUAUCUUCCACAUCACCCCGUUAUAAAAGAAUAUGGUACAACCAAGUUGCGGGUAGUAUUUGAUGCUUCGGCUAAAACAUCUAAUAAUAUAUCAUUAAAUGACAUCUUACAUACAGGACCUAAGCUACAGCAAGAAUUAAUAUCAAUACUAAUUAGAUUUCGAUGCUGGAAGUAUGUUUUUAUAACAGAUAUUACAAAAAUGUACAGGCAAAUAAAAGUUGCUAAAAAAGAUCAAGAAGUGCAAAGGAUUUUGUGGAGAUGUGACCCAAAGGAAGACAUUCGUUGUUAUAAAUUAACAACAGUAACCUAUGGCACAUCUUCCGCACCCUAUUUAGCAAUUCGUGUUUUGAAUAAACUAGCAGAGGAUGAAGAAAGCAGUACACCUGUAGCAGCAGAUAUUAUUAAACAAGACUGCUAUGUAGACGAUAUAAUAACAGGAGCAAACUCCAUAACAGAUCUUCAUAUUAAAUCUGAUCAACUUGUGACAAUGCUUGGCCGCGGAGGAUUUUCUCUACACAAGUGGUCCAGCAAUAAUCAAGAAUUUUUAAACACAAUUGCACAAGAAAAUCAAGAAUUAGAAAAUACGUGCUUCAUUGAUAAAACUGGAAUAAUUAAAGCAUUGGGGUUAUUAUGGAACCCGACAGAAGACAUUUUUAAGGCAACAAUUCCAUCAGCAUUCCAAAGAACUUUCACAAAAAGAGCCAUUUUAUCAGCCAUAUCCCAAAUCUUCGACCCAAUGGGACUUAUAGCCCCAGUCGUAGUCAAGGCGAAGAUGAUAAUGCAAAAGAUAUGGAAACAGAAGACUGAUUGGGAUGAAGAAGUUCCAGCAACAAUUAAAGAAGAGUGGAAAACCCUUCAAAAUCAGUUCACUCUUCUAAAAGAAAUAAAGAUUCAACGGUAUAUGUUCAACCAAGAACCAAUAAAACAAAUUGAGUGCCAUGGAUUCGCUGAUGCAUCAAUGGCAGCAUAUGGAGCAUGCAUCUAUGUUCGGGCAAUAUAUAACAAUAAUUCUAUAUCAUCAAGGCUAUUAACUGCCAAAUCAAAAGUAGCACCAAUCAAGAAUGUGACUCUGCCACGACUAGAACUAUGCGCAGCAUUACUAUUAGCUAGACUUUAUAAGCACAUAAGUAAGGUAAUCAAUAUACAUUUUGACAAAACGUUCAUGUGGAGUGAUUCGACCAUUGUUUUGGGAUGGUUAAAAACUGAUCCCAGCAAGCUAAAAAUGUUUGUUAGCAACAGAGUGCAGGAGAUUCAGGAAACAACAUCCGGAAUAAUAUGGAGUCAUGUAUCUUCACAGGACAACGCAGCAGACAUAGUUUCGAGAGGAGCCACUCCUCAGGAAAUAAUUAAUAAUAGCUUAUGGUGGUUUGGUCCAACAUGGUUGUUAUCAAAUUCAGAAUGGCCCACCAAUAACUCUAUGCGAAUUGUUCCUAACUGA